AUGGCAAAAUCAAGACACAGUGGAGUGUCGUCAUCCUCUCCGGAAGAUGUUGCCACAACAACAACUUCUACAAACACCUCCACAAAGAAGGACACUGCCUCAUCCUCCCAAAAGACAUCUAAUAGAACUUCUCCGAAAUCAAAAUGUUGCAAUUCUUUCAUGUUAUGGUUCUUUUUCAUCAUUCCCAUCUCGUUCGGACUUGUUUCAUUGCUCGUAUAUGUUUUUACCUUUCAUUCGGAAGAUGUGAAAUUUGAACUUUCGAAAUGGAUACCAAGUUUAUUUAAAAAGCAGGCGAGAAAAGUGGCUGUUCAAUAUCCUACUUUGAAUAAUCAUUCUAAAUUUCCAGCCAUUAUCAGUUCAACACCUGAGUAUGUGAGAUAUUUGGAGUUACUAAAAAAGGAAACUUUGACACAACCACAACGAAAAAAGGUUCAUGUUGGAGUGUUUGAUGAACAUCAUUGUUCAUUGUUUUUUUGGGUGAGAGCUCAUAAAUUGGGACUCAUUCCAAGAUUGAAUUAUAAUCAUUCAACAAAUUCUCAACAAAAUGUCUACAACUUGAACUAUCAAGGUCUUCCAUUGCUUCAUAUUGACUCACAUUCAGAUGCACAAAUUCCACAACAUUAUUACAGUUUCAAACCUUUCAGAGAUUUAAUUCAAAACACUCCACUCGGAGCGAAGGAAGAAUAUGUCACCUCUAAAAAUGUAACUAAAAAGAGACAUCCUUUCAAUAAUCAAAAAGUGAGCGAAUUACUUGCAGUCACUUCGAUUGGAGAUUUCAUUCCGGUCGCUCAAUAUAUGGAAUUGGUUGGUCCUCGAGUAGUUUGGCUUCAAAGUAAUUUCGAAGGAGGAGGUUACAAUUUUAAUACUGGUCGAUACAAUGCCGAGUUGGGAGUGAGAGCGAGUGCCAUGAAGUUGCCACCACAAACUCUUCAAGAUUUGACAAAAGCUGCAAAUUCUCUAAAUGUAGAAACCACUUAUUUGUGUUAUCGAAAUCCAGAUGGAUACUCGUGGAAUAUUCAUUACAAGAAUGGAAAAAAAGUCUUGACCAAACCUGUUCACACUCUUGCUCAAAUUGCUAAGGAAGGAGUUUGCUCUGAAUAUGAACCUUUUCAUAAUGCUUCACAUGAAUCAUUUCCAAUUCAAUGGGAUGUCUACAAUAUGGAUGAAUUGUUUAAUGCACAUUCUGAAGACAUCAUUGAAGAGAAAGCCAAAUUCUUUAACGCGACUCCAUAUUUGUUGGAUAUCGAUCUUGAUUACUUUUCAUCAGAUGACGAAAUGCUCUUCAAUAUUGUUCCAAGAAAAACUUAUGGAGGACUUUUUAAGGUUUUGGAAGAAAUGGUUCAAGAAGAGAUAAUUUUGUGUUUGGAUCGAAGAAUUUAUGAACCUACCAAAAACAUGUCACUUCCCAUUGAAAAGGUGAAGAAAUUUAAUAGGAACAAAAUUUCCAAAUUACUUCAUGAAAUGUUUUUUAGAGGACUCAUGUUUGAUGAGAAUAGCGUCUUUUCCAAACAACCUGUACAGAAAUCAAAAAUGAUUGGCGACACUGUGUUUGGUUCUGAAAUUUUAGAAUUAUUUUGCAAAGGGUCUCAAUUUGCUCUCGAACACUUGUAUCAACUUUCCAAACUUGUGAUUAUCUUUUUGGAAAAUUUGAAUUACUUUUACUUGUCACUACUCGAUGCAAAUUAUGCAUUCCCAUCCAUCAAGCCCUAUUGUAAAGUGAAUCAAAUGUUUGGAAUUUGUCCAAGUGGAUUACCUUCAAAAUAUUUAACACGAGAGGAAAUUCUUGAUCAAAUGAACAAGUUGGAAAAGUUACUUGUUGCACAAGAGCAGUUACCAGCAUAUGUGACCAUCUCUCGUUCAGUCGAUGCUUAUUUACCAAAGGUAUUGCAUCACUUCAUCGAGUCUGAAACUUUACAAAUGUUGGAACGAGCAUUUAAGAAAAUUUCUCCCAAUGUGACAGUUGACGUUUCCUAUUUUGACGAAUUUGAGCCAACCUCAAAGAAGUAUGAAAAGGAAGCCACUCGACAAUUUUUCGACGAGAUUGAAAAAGAAGCAUCCAUGAUUCGUCAAUCCGUCCAAGAAAUUGAUGAUCCAAUUGCAACCUAUUUGCCUCAUGUCAAUUACAAAAUUUACAAUGUUGCUCUCAUGCUUCACUUUUUGCAAGAACGUGAAGUCUCCUUCGACAUGUUCGUUCAGGAUAUUACAUUACUGAAAGAAUUUCUCGAGUGGAAAUUAACAAAUGCAGCAUUUAUAGAUUUUGAAAAUUUAGGAAUUGUCUCAAAACCUAACAAGUCCAUCUUCAUGCCAUACACCAUUCCUUCCAAGAGACCUCGACUUUGCAUGUUAAUUUUGAAGAAUGUUGUACAAUCACAGAGUAACAACACAUUAGAUGCAAAUGAUGAAAACUCAAAUUCAACUCAAUUUGAAAAACAAGGAAACAAAAUUCCUCAUGAUUUAUCAGUGGCUUCUUCCACCUUAAAUUGUUUCAUUCAAAAAUUGAACAAGACAUUCGAACGUGAGUUAAUUUUGGAAUUGGAAAUUGUAGAAAGUGCAAGCCGUAGCGAAUUUUCAAAAAAAUUUGAAGAACUUGUUGAAUAUUAUCGAAACUUAUUCCCAACUCAUUUCAAGAAUGUGACCAUUGAGAGAGAUGAAGCCAAACCAUUUGCUCUCGUCGUAGAUCCUUCGUGUGUGACCUUCGAUUUGGAAGAAGAACUUAAACCUAAAAAAACCAAAUCGAAAAAGUAUAUUAAUUUGGAGGAAAGUCCAGUUGUGAAACGUUCUGGAAAAGAACCCAUUUCAAUUUCGUAUGAUUUUUCAGGAGUUGUCUCUACUUUUAAUAAUUUGGUAUUGGAUUUAUUGAAAGAGAGUACACCUUCAGCCUCCUUGAAAGAUUAUUCGAAUAAGAUGGCAUACAUUGAGGCACAGAAGGAAGCAUUCAAUAAGAAGAAGCUGAAACAACGUUAUGAAAAUGUGAAAGGAAUUGUGGAGACAUCCAUCAAGAAGUGCAGCACUGGAAAAGUACAGUUGUAA